AUGUUUCGUGCUGCUGCCGCUUGCUUGCUCGCUUGCUUGAGUCGCGUAUUUGCCUUGUCGUCGUCCUUGGUCGUUGUCGAUAAGCGAGUGAUCGUGUCAAGUGUGCUGCUUCUCGACCGACCCUUCGGCACCAAGAGAGACCCUCCCGGCUUGUCCCAGGCCGUGGCGAAGCAUGCGGAUGACGAGCACGCCGGCGACACGGUCGAUGGCUACGAGAUUUAUAAUGGGACGGAUGUUGCCAACGGGACGGCGACGAUCAACAGCAACCUCGACGGAUACGUCCACGGGGGAGCCAACGGACACGGAGGCGAGCAGGCCACCCCCAGCAGGCAUCAAGAAAGAGGGCCAUUCAAGCCUGGCUCGCUCUUCGAUAAGGAUGUGCUGGAUGCCUAUGCCGCGAGGAACCGUGCGGAGACGGAACUUCAUAAGCGGCUUGCUGCUGCUGGUGAUGCUGCUGCUACUGCUAGCUAUAGGAGCAGCACGGGAAGCGUGAAUGGUGAAGGCUGGUCGUAUGCGGAGCGGAAUCCCGCUGCCAGCCGCGUCACGCAGCUCAUCGACAACGACACCAUCGGCACCAACGGCACAGCCGGUACGGCCGACAAGAAACGGAUGGAUGGUGCUGCAGCGCCCUGGGCGCCGCCCCCGAGGGCGAGGCAUGACAGUCUCAUUUUUUCUCCUGCGUCCUCCUCUGCUUGGAGACCGCCGAUGACGAGGCUUGAUACUGGAUUCUCUUCGCUUGCGAGCCUGCAAACCGCCGCCAGCCCAGAAGCCAGCAGCGUAAAUCCUACCAACGACGGUAUCGGUAGCCCGGCGGCUCUUGUUACCCCCGUUACGCCCGUCUCAGCGACGCGUUCGUGGAACGCUAGUCCGAGUCGAGACAACGGCUUUGCUGCUCCUGCGGUUUCUCGUGGCCCUGCUCGAGCUCGUUCGCCAGUUACUUCUGGCCCAUCUGCCGUUGGUACUGGUACUGCUUUUGGUGGGCUUCGAGCAAGGUGGGCCAACCCCGGAAUCCACACAGCAGCAAAUGGAUUGGCUACUACGACCACUAUGUCCUCCCGCUCCGGCCAGCCAAGAGAAACGACUGACCAUAGUUACAUGUGGAACAAUACUGCCAACUACGUCCCCCGUUCCGGCCAGCCAACGGAUACCACUGACCGUGAUUACAUCUGGAACAAGACCGCCUACUACGUCCCCCUUUACAACCGCACCGCACAAUCCCAGAACCCGCGACUCUCCUCUUUAGUCGCCGGAGCCCUCGACCGCAUCACGGAUCCGAUACCCGAAGGUAGCGCGACGACCGACCGUCCAGGUAGGCCUAGGCCAAGGCCGCGCGUGGAUAGUUUCGUUGAUCCCGACAGUGAGUCGGGUGGGCGUGGGCGUGUCGCCUUGGGCGAUGACGAGGACGAGACCGAGGAGUUGGAGGCUCGGUUGAAGAGUAUCUUUUUUUGGCAGGGGCGGGAUUGA